AUGCUUGGUUCCGUUCGUCGAGGAAAUGUCCUCGCACGCACUCUACGAACGUGCAUUGCGCGCCCGAUUAGAAUCCAGUCAGGCAUCCAGCAAUCAAUAAACACAUUCCGGAUAUCUCAACAAACGUCUUUCUUCCCGACGAGAGCUUUCCAUGCAUAUCCGGCCCUCAGGUCUUCCCAAGCAGCCAGCGCCGUGAAGGAAGUCGAAGAACCACCAGCUGAGCUCACUCAGUUUUCCGAACUAGCUUCCAAUGGUUUGGUCAGCGACAAUAUCAUUCGCGUUCUCACCAAUAAGAUGAAUAUUACAACUAUGACAGAUGUACAGAGGAUGACGAUCAAUGCUACGCUAAAUGGUUCUGAUGUUCUCGCCCAAGCGAAAACUGGUACCGGAAAAACCCUUGCUUUCCUCCUUCCAGUUAUCCAAAAUAUCCUUAAAGAUCAGCACCUCGCCCAGCGCCCAAGGUUUUCUCGUAACCAAACCGACGCAUCAGACAUCCGUGCCAUAAUCAUUUCCCCCACUCGUGAACUUGCCGAACAAAUUGCUGUCGAAGCAAGGAAACUCGUGUCAAAUACAAGCAUCAUUGUCCAAACAGCUGUGGGAGGGACAAAGAAGCGUGAAGGUUUGAUGCGGAUUCAGCGUGAUGGGUGCCAUAUCCUGGUUGGCACCCCUGGCCGCCUUAUCGACAUAUUCUCUGACCCAAACAGCGGUGUUGCUGCCCCGAAAUUGAGUGCGUUAGUUCUCGAUGAAGCGGAUCGUCUGCUUGAUAUUGGCUUCGCUCCUGACAUCCAAGAACUUCAAACCUUUCUUCCCCAUCGCCGAGACGUUGACCGACAAACUCUUAUGUUUUCCGCUACUGUCCCGCGAGAGGUGAUGUCCAUGGUUCGCCAGACUAUGAAGCGCGAUUUCGCUUUUGUCAAGACUGUUCAAGAGGAUGAAAUUCCGACUCACCUGACCGUUCCUCAAAAGGCCAUUUUCCUCCGAGGCAUGGAAAAUCAACUGCCAGCCAUUUUUGAGCUAGCGAAACAGGGCAUCGAGAAACAUCGAAGCGAUCCUGCGAAUAAUAUGCCCUUCAAAGCGAUUGUCUAUUUCAAUUCUACCGCCGAGGUGACUUUGGCAAAGCAAGCCUUUGCAGCGAUGAGAUCAAGCGCCUCUUCGUUCUCUCAUCCACUGCCUGAUACUCAGUCCUAUGAAAUGCAUUCUCGCCUGACUCAAGACCAGAGGACAAGAUUUUCAAACAUGUUCCGUAGCUCCAAAUCUGCUAUUCUUUUCUCUUCCGAUGUUACCGCACGGGGAAUGGACUUCCCUGAUGUCACCCAUGUGAUCCAGAUAGGAAUCCCACGGGAUAGGGAAACAUAUAUUCAUCGCCUCGGACGGACAGCUCGCGCCAACAAGAAGGGAGAGGGCUGGCUCUUCACUUUGGAUCUUGACAGCGGCAAUCUAAGGCGAACCCUUAGAGACCUCCCAAUCCAAAUUGACGAUUCCAGUCUUCUCACUGCAGCAGCUGACAUGACCACGGACAUUGGCCACCCACCUUGGGUCUCCGAUAUAUUUUCCCAGGUGAAAAGCGGCUUCAAAACGGUUUCGAUCAAGGACAAAUCUGCAGCCUAUGCCGCAUAUUUGGGCGUAAUGAGCCAUAUUAGAGAUAAAUUCGAGGUUGUUCGCCUUAUCAACCAACUCUCGACUCAUGGCUGGGGUUUGCGGGAACCCCCUGCUUUCUCCGCAACGACGGCUUAUAAACUCGGGUAUAAGGGCGUCCCAGGUCUGAAUACCAAGAAUCCUUAUGAGAAUGAGGACGCUCGCGAAUCCUCUGGGUCUCGCGGUUCCUAUGGGUCUAUUAACUCCUACGGCUCUCGUGGCUAUGGUUCUCGUGAUAAUUUUACUCCCCGAACGCCUUACGGCUCUCGUGGUUCCUCUGGCGGCCGUGGUAGUUCGUAUGGCGGCGGCAUUCGAGGUUCUCGUGACUCUAAUUACAGAUCUGGGAGCGGGCGCGACUCUUUUAAUUCCAGAACAAACCGUGGUAAUCCGUUCGACUUCGACUUUUGA